ACCCAUGGGAAGAUCUCCUAAUGAGAAUGGCCUCAAGAAGGGGCCCUGGACCCCUGAAGAAGACCAGAAGCUGGUCCAGUACAUCCAAAAGAAUGGCCAUGGCAGCUGGAGAGCCCUCCCCAGGCUUGCCGGGCUCAAUAGAUGUGGCAAGAGCUGCAGGCUGAGAUGGACCAACUACUUAAGGCCAGACAUCAAGAGAGGCAAAUUCUCCCAAGAAGAAGAGCAAACUAUCCUCCAUCUCCACUCUAUUCUCGGCAACAGGUGGUCGGCGAUUGCUACACACCUCCCUGGCCGAACUGACAAUGAGAUCAAGAACUUCUGGAACACCCACCUCAAGAAGAAGCUGAUCCAGAUGGGGUUUGACCCGAUGACCCACCGCCCGAGGACUGAAUUCUUCGCCACCCUCCCCCAGCUUAUUGCCCUUGCCAACCUUCGUGAACUCAUCGAUCCCUGGGACGAUCAUAUCGUGCACCUUCAGGCCGAGGCUGUCCAGGCUGCAAGGCUUCAAUACUUCCAGCACCUACUCCAGUCAGCUGCAACCAUGGCCAGUAACUCCAGCACCAACAGCCUUGGCACUAUCACCACCACUAACAUGGAACCUAUGAGCAUUUUGAGCCCUCUACAGAUGCUUUCCUUUACUUCAGUCCCCACCAUAAGUCCUAUUGAAGGUAUUGAUGGCAACAGUCAAAUCAGCCAAUUGCCAGAUCUUCAGAUCCCAUGCUCGUCAUCUGACCAACCUAUGAGCAGCGACACCAUCCAAGGAUCCGACUUCAGUUUAUUAAGCCAGGGAGAUCCGAGUAGCACCCCAAGAACGCCAUGGAUUUCACUUCACUCAUCUCUUCCUCCUCUCACCGACAUGUCGGCCAGCAACCCAGGGGAUGCUUACAGUACCUCUAGCUGCGGUGGAAGUGGGAGUCCUCCUUCCUUCUGGCCAGAGCUCCUGCUUGAUGAUCCAUUUAUGUCCGAGUUUGCUUGACUAUUUUUAUCUUUUUCAAUACUUUCAUAUCAUCAUAUUGUUUAUCCAUUUCUUUUCUUUUUCUUCGUAUUUCUGGGGAAGUAGUGCGUGCACGCAUUGCUGAUGGACAUUAAUGCAGUGCGUUUCUUAUUCAGAUACUAGCACACUUGUACAUGUAUACACGAAUGCUUGUAUAUACUUGGCUUGGGUUUUGGUGCUUCUAUGUAUUCUUCUUCUCUCUUCCAUUUACCAUGGAUUUGUUUCAUUUU